AACGAAUCUUCACUCUUCAAUCUUCUGACUCGCCAUUAAAACUUUUGGCUGUGUUGUUCUCUUCUCUAGAAGAGCACUGUAAAUCCGAUACCUUGUCAUCUUUCUACUCUUUCUGGAAUCAUAUCAUUUUGCAUGCACACCAAGCCACUGGGUCUCGUCGAUUAAUUGAAUCCGAGAAACCAAAGGAAAUUUCUGGGUUGCUGUCCGCUACAAACUCAAAUCAGAGUCUUUUCUUAUGCUUAAUUUUCGGUUAUUCAGCUUCCGGGAGUUCAAAAUGGGUUUUCUGGCAGUUUUCUCGAAGCGGGUCUUCGCUUGUUCUAGUUGACGAAUUCGUGUGUUCAACGGUGAACUCAAUCUACAAUGGAUGUGCAUUUAGAUUUUGACUGAUAUGCAGAUUAUGAAUCUCGGUCGGGGGAAUUUAGUUGGGAUUAGCUUGUAGUGUGAAAUUAGGAGCCACAGUCACUUCUUUUGUGGAGGAAUUCCAAGUUCAUUAUGUGCCAGUAUUGUUAGGUUUUGGUGAUUCUUCUGGUACUGCAUGUUCAUUGUGUGAUUGUGGUUCUGUCUUACAAUGUCUGGAGGUACACCGGUUGGUGGAGGAGGGCUUAUGAGACAGAGACACAGCCAGGGGUACGCAAGCAGUGGCGAUGACCUUGAAGACGAUGCAUGCUCGAGACUUCGUCCUUUUUCUCCUGCAAGCUUUGAAGAAGAAAGAAGAACGUGGAUCGAGAUUUUGGAAAAUUUUCUUUGGAUUGCUUCCGCGGCUUUAAUCGUAUACUUCGGCGAUCGUGAUUCCAAUUUGAUUUACCUCUUGUUUCAUGACGAACGAAUCAAAAGACUGCCUAUGUAUCUUGGAAUGAUAGGUAUUGGACUAAAUGCACUGAUUUUCAUAUAUACAAGCAUCUUGGCAUGGAGUGUUAAGAGAUUUGAUGAAAAAUGGGGACUAAAAAAAUGGGAAGUAACAAGUGUCGCUGCUUUACCAUUCGUUACUGCAUUUGGACUCGUCUCUUUUUGCUCAUUCACCUUUGCAUUGUGGCCAAUAUGGAGCUUCCUGACACUUCCUCUUCUGUUCACGUUAUUUAUGGCUUGCAUGGUUAUAACCCCCUACCUCAUAAUUGGGAAGUUCCACCCUUGCUAUGACGAGCUCCGUACCGAUUAAGCCUCAUACGAUUCAAGCGAGGAAUAGUGCUGACUUGCAUGAAGGGUUACUAAGUUCUAACCCCCAUCAUUGAUCGGUAGUCAUGGUGAUGUAGAGUGAAUUUCUUUCUUUGACUAUAUUCUGAUGUAUUCUGUGCAGUUACAUGCCAUGUUUUCCCAAAAUUGGUCACAGCACUGAGAGCCAGCAUUCCUUUCUUCUUUUUCCCCGGGAAAAAAAAAGACUUGCGAUCACAUAAAACCCCAAAUCCUAUGUAAUCACGAUCUGUUGGUGAAUGAUACGCAAGAAGAGCUGGCUGUGAAUAGAGCGUAAUGGUGUUAUAUGAUCUAUAUAGCCGAUCCUGUUUAAUGAGAUGAGGAUUGUUGUUGCAAAUUGCAUUAUAUGUUUUGCUAGUCAUUUUGUUGCUAAAUACUCUUCGUUUUGUUUACACACUGCACCUUUUAAAAAGGACAGGACCUCAAUAUGUGGGUUUAAGAAUUUUUGGGCUACUGGGGCCUUCCAUUGUU